UUUAGCACAAGCAUUGCAAAAGUUGCGAAUCCAAUCCAAACAACAGAAAGAGAAAUGGAAGAAAACGAGUCCGAUUGGGGCGAGUUGACUCGCGAAUGCCUCAUCAACAUCCUCUCUCGACUCACCGCCGAGGAUCAAUGGCGCGGUGCGAUGCUCGUUUGCAAAUCAUGGUUCGCCGCUUUUCAGGAACCCUCUCUUCACUCUGUAUUCGACCUCGAACUUUACUUUGACUCGCCAUCCGAGUCACCCCGCUGGUGGACCCUCCAAUUCGAUUCUAAGAUCGAUUCCAUGCUUCUAUCUAUCGUUCAAUCGACUCAUCAAUUCCUCACCCAGAUUCGCAUUCGACACUGCUCUGAUCGAUCUCUCAAUCUCGUUGCUCAAAGAUGUCCAAAUCUUGAGGUGUUGUCGAUCAGAAGCUGCCCUCGUGUUACUGAUGAUUCAAUCUCUAAGAUUGCUACUGGGUGUCCAAAUUUAAGGGAACUAGACAUCAGCUAUUGUUAUGAGAUAACGCAUGAGUCAUUGGUGUUGAUUGGAAGAAAUUGCUCCAACCUUAAGGUUCUCAAGAGAAAUCUCAUGAAUUGGCUUGAUCCUUCCCAACAUGUAGGGAUUGUUCCCGGUGAUUACCUAAAUGCUUGUCCGCAAGAUGGAGAUUCUGAAGCUGCUGCUAUUGCUAAUUAUAUGCCUCAUCUAGAGUGGCUCGAGAUUAGAUUCUCCAAGUUAACUGUUAAAGGCCUCAACUCGAUAUGUCAAGGGUGUCCUAACCUUGAAUACUUGGAUUUGUCGGGCUGUGCUAACUUAACUAGCCGAGACAUUGCAAAUGCAUCGUCAAGUUUGUCGCGCUUGAAAGACAUUAAAAAACCAAAUUUCUACAUUCCAAGAUCUGUCUAUCACACUGAAAGAUAUGGACAUUGGAGACUAUAUGAUGAGAGAUUUCAAACAGAUGUUUUCCGAAUCUGAAAAUCGUUAAGAAGAUUAUCCAAGAUGUAGACUGUGAGUCUAUCAACCCAUCUUGUUUCUAAUGAUCUCUGCAGAUCUUCGUUGAAUUUCUUCAGUUAUUGAUCCUGUCAAUUAUAUCUUAUAGAAUUUAUAAUCAUUGUCUUUGUAAUUCCUAUUUUAUGUUGUAUGUUUUCCUUGUAUCUGUAAUGUGUAUGUAUAGAAGAUAAUUGUCUCGGGUCCCCGUAAUUGAUUUACAUAAUAAUAUUGUGAUUAUUUCUCUUU